AUGGUUACGACAGUAACGGCUACUAACUCCACUGAGGAACAACGGAAUAUAAUCCCGCUAGGAAUAGCAGUCCUCAUUGUGUUCCUCAGCCUGUGUGGCCUGGCAGGGAAUGGGACCAUCAGCUGGUUUCUUGGGUUCAGCAUGAGGAAGAACCCCUAUUCUGUCUACAUUUUCAAUCUGGCCAUCACCGACUUCCUCUUCCUCUUCUGUAUGGCCCUUUCAAGUAUUCUUAACAGGCCUGAGUCUGGCCACUGGCCCCCUUAUGUUUUUGAGAUACUGAGAAGAAUAAGGUUCUUCUUUUAUACCCUGGGGUUGAGCCUGCUGGCCGCCAUCAGCAUUCAGCGCUGCAUCUCUGUUCUUUUCCCCAUCUGGUAUCGAUGUCACCGUCCCAAGCACCUGUCCACCCUGGUAUGUGCUGGGCUCUGGGUUCUGGCCAUCCUGGAGAAUUUGGUGGCUAUUUAUUUCUGUGUUGUGCAAAAUCAAGACAUGAAUUCCUGUAAAAAAGUAGACAUAUUUUUUGCGGUCUUGAUUUUGGGUGUCUUUACCCCAGUGAUGUGUAUAUCUGGCUUGGCCCUGUUCAUCAAAGUCCAGAGGGUCUCCAGAAGACGCCAGCCAGCAAGGCUCUACAUCACCGUCCUGGUCACCAUCUUGGUGUUUCUCAUCUGUGCCUUGCCCCUCGCACUCUACUGGUUUGUUCUCAGCUGGGUCAUCCAGGAUAAGAGGCUGUGUGGUCCUAUUUAUGAUGUGACCAAAAUCUUCUCCUGUGUGAACAGCACAGCCAACCCCAUCAUUUACUACUUGGUUGGGAGGCAGAGGAAGAGAAGGCUCCAUGAACCCCUCAGGGUUGUGCUAGAGAGGGCGCUUGGGAAUGAAGAAAUGUCCCCCGAAGAAACCGUGGAGCUAGGAUCAGAGAGUCGUGGGGUUCAGGGGAGAAGCGAGGAUACCAUUGAGGAGAUCCCAAGAAUAAAUGCCAAAUAUAGACACCCCAAGCUGUCUGACAGCCCCAGCCUGUGCCCUGGAACUCCAUCCCAUGGUCCUCCAUCUAUGUGCCCCAAAUCUUUAUCUGAGGCUGGCCAGAAGUACUGA